AUGCCCAAAGUGUGUGAGAGACCCUUCGCCUCCAAGAAGUGUUCGGACUGCACUGUCUCCGAGAUGGAUCUGUUCCUGUGCCCCCUCUUCCUCUGGGCCGUCCUCGGGGUUGUGCAAGACCAGGUGUGGCCCACACUGAAGCUGAAGCUUUCCAUCGGCAACCUGGCCCCACUUGUUGCCCCUCUGGGUACUUCCUGUCCCCGGGCAGGAAACUUGUUGUCAUCAGUCAGAGGCAAUGGGGCGCGGGGCGAGCGCCAGCGCGUGCUUUGUACGAGCAGCCGCAUGGCGCGCGGGGUGCACGGGCCGCGGGGCCCCGCGCGGCAGCCACUUCCGACCCGAGCCGAAAAGGAAGCGGAAACGGGCGGGGGGAGGCGUCGCUCGGGGCCGGCCCUGGACACUUGGGGCGCCUCGCGUUUGGGGGGACAGGGGCUGGUUGCGGAGGGCCCGCAGGUUCGGGGCCAGGACAGGCGGGGGGUCGACGGAGCAGCCUUUGUCCUCCGGCCUGGGGGCGAGGGAGCCGGGCGGCCACGGGGGACCCCACCCCGGGGACCCCACUGCGGGCAUCCGGGCCCAGAGGAGGCGCUGAGCCCCACCUGCACCCCACCCCGCCCCGUGGAGAAGGUGGACUGUCAACUUCGUGAUGGAGGCGGGUCGGUCACAGGUAUUGCCGCCCCCGUGGCAGGGGAUCUCAGUAUCAUUGUGAUUGGUGUUGAUGGCUUCCACCAGCUCUUCCAGGUGCUCCUGCAUGAAAGUUCCUGCCCUCAGGAGGCCAUGGCCACCUGCUCGGGCUGCGUGAUGCAGGACCAGGGAGCUGGUGCCCAUGCCUGCUUCCGCUUGGGGCCCUGCUGCCGCCACCUCUUAUUGGACAUGGCCCUCGGGCUGUCCGGGAAGCUCUUCGUGGGUGGACUGGACUGGAGCACGACUCAAGAGACACUGCGCAGUUACUUUUCUCAAUAUGGAGAAGUUGUCGACUGUGUUAUCAUGAAAGAUAAAACCACCAACCAGUCGCGAGGAUUCGGGUUUGUCAAAUUUAAAGACCCAAACUGUGUGGGGACGGUGCUGGCCAGCAGACCACACACCCUAGAUGGCCGCAAUAUUGACCCGAAGCCAUGCACACCGCGGGGUAUGCAGCCGGAGAGGACACGGCCCAAGGAAGGCUGGAAAGGACCCAGGAGUGACAACAGUAAAUCAAACAAAAUAUUUGUUGGUGGGAUCCCGCACAACUGUGGUGAGACAGAGCUCAGGGAAUACUUCAAGAAAUUUGGAGUGGUCACAGAAGUGGUGAUGAUCUACGAUGCUGAGAAGCAGAGGCCUCGAGGUUUUGGAUUUAUUACUUUCGAGGACGAACAAUCAGUGGACCAGGCUGUCAACAUGCAUUUUCACGACAUCAUGGGCAAAAAAGUGGAAGUGAAGCGAGCAGAGCCUCGUGACAACAAGAGCCAGCCGCCGGGUCAGCCAGGGACCAGCCAGUGGGGCAGCCGGAUUGUGCCCAGUGCCGCCAACGGCUGGGCCGGCCAGCCCCCACCCACAUGGCAGCAAGGAUAUGGCCCACAAGGAAUGUGGGUGCCCGCAGGACAGGCGAUUGGUGGCUACGGACCACCCCCCGCGGGGAGAGGCGCACCCCCACCACCCCCGCCCUUCACCUCCUACAUCGUGUCCACGCCUCCUGGGGGCUUCCCACCACCGCAGGGCUUUCCCCAAGGCUAUGGGGCCCCUCCUCAGUUCAGCUUUGGCUACGGGCCUCCCCCACCGCCACCUGACCAGUUUGCCCCUCCAGGGGUCCCUCCCCCACCGGCCACUCCAGGGGCAGCACCACUGGCCUUCCCUCCACCUCCGUCUCAGGCCGCCCCAGACAUGAGCAAACCCCCAGCGGCACAGCCCGACUUCCCCUACAGUCAGUACGCAGGUUAUGGACAGGACCUGAGUGGCUUUGGACAAGGCUUCUCGGACCCCAGCCAGCAGCCCCCCUCCUAUGGCGGACCCUCAGUGCCAGGGCCCGGGGGCCCUCCCGCCGGCGGAAGUGGCUUUGGCCGAGGUCAGAACCACAACGUCCAGGGCUUCCAUCCAUACCGUCGCUAACGGCCCGGCGCCGC